AAAUACUUCCCACCCACGAAUAGACGGCACAACCACGCACGCUUUCUCCUUCCUUCUCCCCCAAUACUCUCCCUCUCCCUUUCCCUCUGUUGCGGGACGCCGAACGUCGAACGCCGAACGCUGAAGCUUGAGCAAAGCAGCGAGUUCGAUUAUUAUCCAAGGGAAAAAAGAGAAAAAGAAAGUAAGAAGGGGGCGGAGAUGGUUCUGUCACAGAAGCUGCACGAUGCGUUCAAAGGAACGGUGGAGAGAAUCACAGGUCACCGCACGGUCUCCGCCUUCAAAGAAAAAGGCGUUCUCAGCGUCUCCGAGUUCGUCACAGCUGGCGAUAACCUCGUCUCCAAGUGCCCCACCUGGUCCUGGGAAUCUGGUGAGCCGAGCAAGAGGAAGCCGUACCUACCAUCGGAGAAACAGUAUUUGAUUACUAGAAAUGUGCCGUGCUUACGAAGGGCUGCAUAUUUGGAAGAGGAGUAUGAAGCUGCUGGUAUGGAAAUUCUUCUUGAUAAUGAAGAUAAUGAUGGCUGGUUGGCAACCCACGGGAAGCCAAAGGAUACAAGUGGUGAGGUGGAAAACUUACCCUCCAUUGAAAGUUUAGAAAUCAGCAAGAAUAGGGAUGUGAAAUCAGUCCCCUCGCAUGUUGGAGUGGAAGAUGAAGAUGAUAUUCCUGACAUGGCUGACUUUGAAGAAGCGGACAACAUUGAGAUUGAUCCUGGAACAUAUCUUAUUGCUCAUGAACCUGACGAUGACAAUAUUUUACGAACCCGAACAUAUGAUGUCAGCAUCACAUAUGAUAAAUAUUACCAGACUCCUCGAGUGUGGCUUACUGGGUAUGAUGAGUCAAGGAUGCUUUUACAAGCAGAGCUCGUACUUGAAGAUGUCAGUCAAGAUCAUGCACGCAAAACUGUAACUAUUGAGGAUCAUCCCCACUUGUCUGGAAAGCAUGCAUCUGUACAUCCCUGCCGACAUGGGGCUGUGAUGAAAAAAAUUAUUGAUGUGCUAAUGUCACGUGGAGUGGAACCAGAAGUUGAUAAGUACCUAUUCUUAUUCUUGAAAUUUGUUGCCUCUGUAAUUCCAACUAUUGAAUAUGAUUAUACGAUGGACUUUGAUCUCGGCAGCUCCAGCAGUUAGCAACUUUGCAGAGGGGAUCGUAUAUGCACUCGGUCAUUGUCAUAGAUUGGAGUUGGAAGCUAAGAUGCUACCAUUUAGGCUACUACUGUAUUGUACGUAUCCUCAAACAAUCUGCUACGAUCGCAGUACGUUUGACUGCUUGUACAGAUGGCUAAAUUGUUUAUGUGAAAUUCUCGUAGGUGUUUGUUGAUACGUGUUGCACUGCGUAAUUUGCCGUCUAUUACACAAAAACAGUAUAUAAUAUCCGACUUUUCUAAUUUUA